AUGGAUGAUAUAAAGAGUGUUAACUAUACUCUACCAACCAAUGGCAAUUCAUUUGAUUUCGAGAGAUUCUUAAAGAAUGCGUUCCAAUCAGUGGACGAUUCGAUCAAGCUCUUCAAGAAGCACUCUGAGGAAACAGACCAAUCUUUAGAUAAUCUCUAUGAAGAGUUUCAUAUUUGUCAACAACUCUACGUUAGAUCCAGUAACUUUUCAAAGAUUGAAAAUACAACACAUUUCAAUAACAUUCAUAGCCUUCUCAAUGAAUUAGAAUAUAUUUCAGAGAAUGUACAAGAAAGAAUAUUAAAUAUACAAUCAUUUACCAAAGAGAUAAAAUUAAAAUUAAAAUCUAGUUGUAGAGAUGAAUUGCUUUUGGAAUUGGAUCAUAGAGUGGAGAUAAAUGAAAAAGACCUAUCCCCAGGAUUGAAAAUUAAACAACGACAUUUCCAAAUGGUUCUAGAACAAACAACAAUGAACUAUUCAAAAGAGAUAGGGAAUUGUCGUCGACAUCAAAUACAAAAACAACAACAACAAAAACAACUAAAACAACACUUAAAAACACAUAAUCGUCAUCCUAAACAACCAUACCAACAUGAUCUUUAUAUCACAGUGUUAUCUCAACAGCUUUUUGAUUGGAUUCUCAGUUAUAGAAUAUUCUACACACAAUUCUUUCAAAGAAGAACAACAAGCAACCGAAUCUGUUAA